AUGCGACUGGUUGCUAUUAAUGCCCCGCUAAGUUUCUCUUGCUCAUCUAGAAAGAAAACUCGAAAAGCUGUGUCAACUUCGACACCACGACCGCACUACCAACUAUGGCAAGCGGAAUAGGGGGGCUUGGUUUAGAUACCAAUGGGCCUUUCAAGGGUAUCCUUGACAUCUGGCACGAGCACCGACCCUCGAUUUUAUUUGCGAUAACCUGCACCUUAGUCGUGGUCUGGUUGUACAUAGAACUCCUUCAGAAAACCAGUACCACGGCCAACGUAUCAGACCUAGAUCAGCAACUUACGAAGAUAAUACCGAGAAGUAAUGGGAUAGCUCCGCAAGAGAAGAUCGAUUUGCCUAAAGAAAAGGCGAAAGAGGUUACUACUGGACCGCGUCGCAUCAAGGGCGAGCUACGAAGAGUAGAUAAUACACGAAAAGACAUAGAACCGAGUCGCAAAAGUCCCAUCCAAAUACUCGUGUUCUAUUCAUCCCUGACCGGAAGCACGGAGAAGACCGCCGGUGGAAUUGCCGAAAAUCUUGGUACUUUAUUAAGAGAGCGAGCCAAUAACUCUGGAAAGUCUUUCUUAAGCCCCGUCGUCUUAGAUUUGGCCCAGAUAGAUUACGAUGAGUAUUUCAUCAGUGCACCUAAACCGACGGACCAAGAUAUACCGGUGGACUAUUUCUAUCUUCUGUUAGUACCGAGCUAUAACAUCGACUCUAUCAACGAUAAUUACCUCGAGCAUAUGAGUGAAACCCAUCACGACUUUAGGAUCGACACAGCUCCACUUUCGGGUAUACUAGGUUACUCUGUAUUUGGCCUGGGUGACAGAGAAGGAUGGCCGACUGAAGAUGAAGGGUUUUGUUUCCAGGCUAAGGAGGUUGACAAAUGGAUGGCUAGAUUGACGGGUCGUAAGAGAGCCUAUCCCUUAGGAAUGGCAGACACAAAACGAGAUCUAAGGGAAAGGUUAGAUGAAUGGGCAGACGGUGUGAAGGAUAUCCUGGAACAUGUCGCUCGUACAGGAUCUUUAGGGGAAGGAGUCCCGGGAAGCGGAGACGCCAUUGAAAGUGACGAAGAAUAUGGUUCCGGCGACGACGAUGACGGUGAGGUCGUUAUCGACCCAUCUUUAACGACGAGCAAGGCAAAGAAGGGGAAUGCUGCAAAUAUCGAAGAUGUUGAAGACCUUGGGAGAAUUAUGAAGGCCUCUCAAAACAAACCCGAAAAAUCGAUUAACCCAACACCAAUCGCUGUAGACUUCACAACAUACAACAAACCAAAAUCGAGGAAACCGCCGGUGACAAUCAAAGAGAUGGUACCCAAAAACUCACCUACUUAUGCAUCAUUAACUAAGCAAGGCUACACUAUCGUAGGCUCGCACUCAGGGGUUAAGAUAUGCAGAUGGACCAAGUCAGCGCUCCGCGGGCGCGGCUCCUGCUAUAAAUUCUCAUUCUACGGCAUCGCGUCGCAUCAAUGCAUGGAGACUACACCAUCGUUGUCCUGCUCCAACAAAUGCGUCUUCUGCUGGCGACACGGAACGAACCCGGUAGGCACGACCUGGCGCUGGGUCGUCGACCCUCCCGAGACAAUCUUCGACGGUGUCAAGGCCGGCCACUACCAAAAAAUCAAGAUGCUACGCGGCAUCCCCGGCGUCCGGGCCGAGAGGUUCGCCGAAGCUAUGCGCAUCCGCCACUGCGCGCUGAGCUUGGUGGGAGAGCCAAUCUUCUACCCUCACAUCAACGAGUUCCUCGCGAUGCUGCACGGCGAGCGCAUAUCCUCGUUCCUUGUAUGCAAUGCGCAACACCCGGACCAAUUAGCGGCGCUUAAAGCUGUCACACAGUUAUACGUAUCCAUAGAUGCUAGCAACAAGGAGUCUCUACGGAAGAUCGACAGGCCGCUGCACCGCGACUUCUGGGAGCGGUUCCAGCGCUGCCUGGAGAUCCUGCGCGAGAAGCGGAAUAAGCAACGCACCGUCUUCCGCCUGACUCUUGUUAAGGGAUUUAAUGUAGAAGAUGAGGUUGAGGGGUACGCGGACCUAAUUGAGAAGGGAUUACCAUGUUUUGUCGAGAUUAAGGGCGUGACAUACUGCGGCACGUCGAGCAGCGCAGGCGCGGGCCUAAGUAUGGCGAAUGUACCGUUUUAUGCCGAGGUGACGGAAUUCGUCACCGCGCUCGAUAAAAAGUUAAGGGAGAGGGGGCUGAAAUAUGGUAUUGCGGCCGAGCACGCGCAUAGUUGUUGCGUACUUAUUGCUAGUGAGAGGUUUAGGGUGGAUGGGAAGUGGCAUACGAGGAUUGAUUACCAGCGCUUCUUCGAACUGCUUGAGGAACGGGGCGCUGAUGGCGAUUGGACGCCCGAAGAGUAUAUGGGUCCCGAGACGCCCGAGUGGGCGACCUGGGGAAAUGGCGGGUUUGAUCCGAGGGAUGUGAGGGUGGAUCGGAAGGGUAGGAAGAUCGAGGCUUGAUUACCUGUGGGUACCUAGGUAGGUAUAAGAUGCAUGGUUAAGGGGCGUUGGACUAUAUCAUCACACUUGAGCAAUCGAGUUGGAGUCAGCUGGGUAGAGAAAAUAAAGAAUCAUGGUCCAUUCGUUUGUCUAUACCAGCCACCGAGCAUGAUCGUGAAAAAAUGUACAGCGGAGCCGCCCUAUCUACCGGAACAUCCGAACAGGAAGAGUAUACGGCCAGGCGCAUGCUGCUGACCGAUCAUUAUAUCAUACAUGGUAUUCAAG